AUGUCCUCGUCAAUACAACAGCGCAAGGCUGAAAUCCUUGCUAAGAAAGCCAAACUCGCCGAACUCAAGCGCCAGAGGGAAUUGCGCCAGAGGGAAUUCUCUCAGGUUCGCGCUAAUAGCGGUGACGCCUCUGAGGUCGUAUCGCCAGUCCCCAGUCGUGCGGACAGCAGAGCUGAGCUCGACGACUUCAUUUCCCGUCUUGUCGACCGCCCCGGAUCAGCUUCGAUCGGCCACGGUGCCGAUGGCCUCUCGCGCAAAGGCAGCCGACCAAAUUCCGUCCUCAGCGCCAGCCAGUUGAGCGGAGAUAACGCCGAAGCUUUUAGCCCUCCUGCGCGAACCGUUUCCCAUUCAAUCGCAGUCCAAACCGUCGGGACCGAGCUCUUUGUCGCCGCCAGCGAACAGCAACCUGCCCCUGAGCCAAAACCCGAAAUUGUCACCUACAGCAAAGCAGUGCAAACCGAUGAUCUGAAAGGACCUGAUGGGAUAUCUGUCGACUCCGAUGAUGAAGGUGAUACGAAACGCUCCGACAAGAAAGUCAGUGAGCUUGACGAUGAAAUUCUGAAGAAGCUUCGCAGAGAAAUUGAGGAGGAACUGCAGACAGCUCAACGGAAAUCCGAAAAUGAAAAUGGGUCUGAAAUGGUGAAGACGCGGUAUCCGCUGCGCACACUGGACGAAGAUGAACUCAAAGCUGUUACCUCGUCGGACGACUUCUUAGACUUUGUUGAACGGUCGGCAAAAGUGAUUGAGCGGGCAUUGGAUGAAGAAUAUGAUGUUCUGGCAGAUUACGAGCUUGGAGGUGUCGAUGGCGAGCUGGAUGAUGACGACGAGCACGGCAAGAAGAGACGAGGUAUCCGAGAGGUCUGUCAAUUCUGGGAUGAACGAUGGAGCAAGAAACGUAUGAUCAGCGAUUUGAGCUUCUCUCCAAAGUUCCCGGAACUCGUUCUGGCCGCGUAUACCAAGAACCCCUCUGCGCCCCAUGAGCCCGACGGCCUGGUCCAGAUCUGGAACCAACACCUGCACUCCCGCCCAGAGUAUGUUUUCCAUUCAACCUCCGACAUAUUGGCCGCGAAGUUCUCUCCCUUCCAUCCCAACCUGAUCGUUGGUGGAUCAUAUUCGGGCCAGGUUCUGCUGUGGGACACCCGUUCGUCGCGAGCAGGUGGAGGCGCGCCGGUUCAGAAGACGCCCCUGACCGGCUCCGGACAUACCCACCCUGUUUACAGCAUCUCAAUAAUCGGCACCCAGAAUGCCCACAACAUCCUCACAGCAUCUACGGAUGGGGUUGUCUGUGGAUGGACUGUUGAUAUGCUCUCACAGCCUCAAGAGUAUCUGGAGCUGUCCACACCUCCUCCGUCUAAAACCGAAGAUCUUGCACCCACAACCAUGUCAUUCCCCCAAUCCGACCCGACAUUCUUCAUUGUUGGCACCGAAGAAGGAGGAAUCUACCCGUGCCACCGUUAUGAUCGAGCGGGGGCUAAGGCUGGUACCGACCAUCGUUUGGCGUAUCGUGGCCAUGCUGCGCCGAUCAUGUCCACUGCGUUCCAUCCGGCCCGCGGCCCGGUCGAUCUGGGUGAUCUAUUGCUCAGCUCGAGUUUAGAUUGGAGCGUGAAACUUUGGCGUGUGCGGCCCCCAGCCACGACCGCCCCGGCUACGUCGGCCAUAGCCACGACUCAAGUCGUUUCUCCGAUCCUUGAGAUCAAUCGCGAAGAUGUGGUGUACGAUGCCAAAUGGUCCCCUCACCGCCCUGGAGUCUUUUCUCUCGUCGAUGGUGCUGGCAACCUAGAGGUUUGGGAUCUCUACACGGACACAGAGGUCCCGGCGGUGAAGACGACACCUUCUAGAGGCCGCGGUGGCAUUCUUACGAGGAGUCUCAACAAGGUGGCUUGGGAAGAGCGAGAGGGUAGACGCAUUGCCACGGGUGGUCUCGACGGCGUGGUGACGGUUUUCGAGGUCGGCAAAGGCCUUAGCGGUACUCCGGAAGAUGUGCGCGCAGAGGAAUGGACAGGGAUGAAGAAGCUCGUUGGACAAUGGGAGCAGAAGGACCGCAUGAACUGA